UACGGCAGGUUAGGCUAACUAUAGUCUAAAUUUAGUCUAAUUCGUUAGAUUGUUAGCCUAAAUUUUUUUCUAACGUUAGGCUAAAUUUAGUCUAAAAUUAGACAGAUCUGACACAGUUUUGUUAGAUAUGCUGCAAGUUCGAAACGAUCAGUUAGACUAAAUUUAGACUAACGUUAGCCUAACGUUAGACAAAAUUAUGUAUGGGCUGUUAGAUGGAUUUUAUGCUGCUUGUGCAUAUCCCAGCUGUCAUCCCAGCAUCCCAAGAAAUCCAAGCUGUCACCGUCCACCAGCGGCGCUGCUGUAGCAGCGGUGAUAGAAAAGCAAAACAGUUGUCAAACACGAACUGGAUUUUGAUAUUCUUUUAAAAAACUAAAAUUUGACUUAAUUUCAAUGUUUUUGUAUAAGGAGAAUUGUGCAGACUUGUAGUAAACGGAAAGUUUUACAAAAUGAACUGCUGUGUAAUCCCGGGAUGCGGGAACAAGUUCCAGCUGUACCGGGUGCCCAACUCCGGAAAUAAUCGCUUCCGGCAAUGGAAGAAGGUCGCGCCUGUUUUUGGAACUGGAUCCGAGCGGAUUUGCUCUCACCAUUUCAUCGAAACGGACUUCGUGGAAAAUAUCCGGAAGAAGCUGAAGAGCACUGCAAUCCCCUCCAUCAACUUGCCGGCGGAAAGGUUGAAAGCAUCAAACAAAAUAGGCUGCUGCGUUUUGGGAUGCCGCUCCAAAGACAUCAAGAAUAUGGAAAAGUUUCCCUCCAUGACAUCGAAAGCUUGGCUGAAAUGGGCAAACAUACUGGGCUGUGCGGAGGCUAAUACAGCGGGGUGGAAAAUCUGCCAGAAGCACUUCAAGGACGAUGCAUUUACAACAGUUACAUCACGAUACUUGAAGAACAGUGCUGUUCCCACUAAGAAACUGAAAAGGCCCGUGAAGAUAGUGGAAAUUCAUCGCAGACAGAUCAAACAGAUUCCCACUGAACAGUGUCUGCUGGACCAUGACUAUGUGAAAGAAGAUGUACGGCCAAAAAGCAACAGAAUGUGUUCUGUUUACGGCUGCACUACAAAAACGAGCAAAGGCGUAUUUCUUCAUAAAUUUCCGAAAGAGAGGAUCAAGAUGACCGCUUGGGUGCAUGCCAUAAAAUCAGGAAAAAAACCGACAAAAAAUUCUUUUGUCUGCAGUCAACAUUUUCACGAUAGUGACUAUAACACUGGGUCGAAUAUACUGAGAAAAUCUGCAGUACCAUCCCAAAACAUUCCUCUGACAUUUUCCCAAGAAGUUCAGAUACGCACUGAUGAUCCUUACAAGCGAAUCGUUAAAUCUUUCCGAAAACCAAAAGAUAGUCUGAACUCCUACGAAACUCUAGAAGUAUCCGGAAAUUCAUCGCUGGAAAUUACAAUGCAAUCAACCGAGGUUUCACAAUCUGACCGUUCUGGAUUCUGUGCUGUAAACGCUGCACAGUGGGACGAAACUGAAAAUUGA